CAAUGUGGUGAAGCCUCUUCUUCUCUCCCAGGUGUUCAAAGACACAUGAUAACACACAGUGGAGGUAAAACUUUUCAAUGUGAGGUAUGUGGGAAAGCCUUUCAUUUCUCCUCUUUAUUUAGAAGACAUGAAAGAACUCAUUUUGGGGAGAAACUCUCUGAAUGUAAACAAGAUGGUCGAACCUUUAUUUCACAGACAAGUCUUCCAAAGCACAGGAUCACACACACGGGGAAUGCACAUUUCAAAUGUAAGGUAUGUGGGAAAGACUUUGCUUAUCCCAGAUUACUUAGAAUGCAUCAGAAAACACAUACUGGAGAGAAGCCCUAUGAAUGUAAGCAGUGUGGCAAAACCUUUGCUAGAUCUGGUGACCUUCACAUACAUGAAAGAACUCACACUGGAGAGAAGCCCUAUGAAUGUAAGCAGUGUGGGAAAGCCUUUGCUAGAUCCCGUCAGCUUCAUAAACAUGGAAGAAUACAUACUGGAGAGAAGCCUUAUGAAUGCAAACAAUGUGGAAAAGCCUUUGCUACAUCCUAUCAGCUUAAGGGACAUGGAAGAACACACACUGGAGAGAAGCCCUAUGAAUGUAAGCAGUGUGGCAAAGCCUUUGCUAGAUCUUGUGACCUUCACACACAUGGAAGAACUCAUACUAGAGAGAAGCCCUAUGUAUGUAAGCAGUGUGGAAAAGCCUUUCCUACAUCCCGUCAGCUUCAUGCACAUGGAAGAACACAUACUGGAGAGAAGCCUUAUGAAUGCAAACAAUGUGGAAAAGCCUUUGCUUUUUCCCAUCAGCUUCAUGUACAUGGAAGAACACAUACUAGAAAGAAACCCUUUGGAUGUCAACAAUGUGGGAAAACAUUUGCUUCCUCCCGUCAUCUUCACAUACAUGGAAGAAUGCAUAAUGGAGAAAAGCCCUAUGAAUGUGAACAAUGUGGAAAAGCCUUUAGUUUUGCCUCUUCCCUUCGGGUACAUAAACGAACUCAUACCGGAGAGAAGCCCUAUAAAUGUAAGUGGUGUGGGAGAGCCUUCACUCAGUCCUCUAACCUUCACUCACAUGAACAAACUCAUACUGGAGAGAAGCCCUAUGUAUGUAAGCAGUGUGGCAAAGCCUUUGCUACACUCUAUAAGUUGAAGAGCCAUGAAAGAACACACACUGGAGAGAAGCCCUAUGAAUGUCAAGAAUGUGGAAAAGCCUACAGUACUGCCUCUUACCUUCGGAUGCAUAAACACACUCAUACUGGAGAGAAGCCCUAUGAAUGUAAGCAGUGUGGCAAAGCCUUUGCUAGAUCCAGUGACCUUCACAGACAUGGAAGAAUGUAUACUGGAGAGAAGCCCAAUGAAUGUCAACAACGUGGAGAAGCCUUUGCCACAUCUU